AUGAGCAGCCCCGACGCAACAGUUGGUGGUGUGCAGUAUUGCUGCUUUUUAAUAUAUACAUUGUUUGCUGGUUUUGCUUCCAGUCAAUCAGGUGGCCAGCAGGAAACUCAAGGAUGUGCAUUUGAAUUCUCUUUUCCCUUGGAAAAUGCUAACAAUCGUGUGAACAGAUGGCAAAAGAGAAAGUCUACAGCCUGGCUUCAAGUGUCGAAAGUAAUUUCUAAAAUGAUAGAAGAAAAUGAAUGCUUAAGAAAUAGAUUGGUGUCCUGUAGACAACUUCCACAAGAAGGUCAUACUCUAAAUCAGAAUUCAAAAAGGGGAGGUUCCUGCAUUGAUAAAGAAGAAGCCAUUUUUGGAUGGGUGUAGCAUACAAAGCAAAAGGAAAAUGAGAAUUCUGUGUUACAUUGUUUCUAUUCUGCUUUCUGUCAAAUAAUCUAUUGUAAUCAUACAAAAGAAACGUGAUUGUUGUCAUCAAGCUUUGUGCAGUUAUAUGGAACAGAUUUCUUUUUGUAGUAUAACAACUUAAUUGUAAUACAUGUUUGAUUAAAAUGCCUAGUUGUAGAUAUUUUGUGGAAAGACUGUUAAGGUAAAUCAGCAAUGCACUUGUGACUAUUCAAGAGGACAACUCUGGCGCUUGCAAAGGAAUGCAGUGAAGUACGAACAGCAUAAACAUUUGUGCUGCUUGCAUGUUUAUUGUAAUAAUUUGCGUUUCAGAA